CCAUGGUUUGGCUUUUCAAACAACUCGUCACUCAAAACUUAACCCAAUUCCCAUGUCCUCAUAUACUACACAACUUUUGCAGUUUCGCAACCCAAACUAAGAAACCAAGAAUUUGCUUUCUUCAGAAAAAACCACAAACAAAACCAAACUGAAAAAAAAAGAAACUAUAUACUUACUCUCGCACUUCCCGAGGUCUCUCAACUUUCUUGCUUCUUCUUCAAGAAAACCAUCCAAAUCCUAGAUUUAUUCAUCAUUAAGUUGUCAAGAAGAAAAUCUUCGUGGGUCUGAUCUGCUAAAAAUCUUGAUCAUCAUCAUCAUCAUCAUCAUCAUGAGCUGCAACGGGUGCAGAGUGCUUCGAAAAGGUUGCAGCGAGACGUGCGUACUGAGGUCUUGCCUGCAGUGGAUCGACUCCCCCGAAGCCCAAGGGCACGCCACCUUGUUCCUCGCCAAGUUCUUCGGCCGCAGCGACCUCCUCUCCUUCGUCUCCUCCGUCCCCGAACACCAACGUCCUGCGUUGUUUCAGUCACUCUUAUUCGAAGCGUGUGGGCGGACUGUGAACCCGGUGAACGGCGCGGUGGGGCUUCUCUCGAGCGGGAACUGGCACGUGUGCCAGACGGCGGUGGAGACGGUGCUCACAGGCGGAGUUCUGCGUCCGAUGCAGGGGGUUCUGGCGCCACCGCCGACGACGAUGGCGAUGUUCGAUGAGUCUUCUGCGGCGGGGAGGUGCACCGCACCGAACCGUCAGUACUAUCCGUCGUCGUUUUUUCUGAAGCAGGAUCAGGCUAAUUUCCGUGCCUCGGUUUCCGUGCCGAAUCGCAGAGGAGGGAACACGAGUGCGAUCGAGAGGCUGCGAAGAGAGCACACGAUCUCACUGAGUUCUGAGGAAUCGGUUAUGACCACGAGCUUUGGAAUCGGUGACCGAAAGGAACGGAAGCUUUUAAAUCUUUUUGUCUGAAUAUGAGCACUAAUAUGUAUACAUAAAUAUAUAUAUAUAUAUGUUAUA